AUGAGUUCUCUGAAUUUUUGUUCAGAUUUGCAUUCAACUAUUAAUGAACAAUCACUUCAUGAUCAAUCAUCUUCAAGUAUGAAUAUUGAUCAUUCAAAUAACAAUAAUUCUUGUUCAGAUUUGCAUUCAACUAUUAAUGAACAAUCACUUCAUGAUCAAUCAUCUUCAAGUAUGAAUAUUAAUAAUUCAAAUAGCCGUAAUUCUCGUUAUAGUUUUGAUUUUGAGCUCUACAAUACUGAGUCUUUUGAGCUUGUUCGUUAUGAUAAGUUGAUACAUAAGAAGCCUUUCACAUGUUUGUUGUUUGAUUCGUUGGACAUUGGUCUUGACUUUUACAAGACUUAUGGUCAAGAAUCUGGUUUUGAUGUGAAUAUGUCAAGUCAAAAAAGAUACAAUGAUGGCACAAUUCGUAUUAGAUAUUCCACAUGUAGUAGAUCUAGUUUCACGGAGUUGUUCAAUAAUGAAAAUAUUAAUGUGAAAUUUUCAGAUGUUAAGAGAAGGAGAACUUCUUCUAAGAAGAACGGAUGCCCUGUUGUUUCAAAGUUCAAGAAUCUCCGAUGUUCUUUAAUGUUCUACAUUUAUGUGUUUGUUAAAGAUCACAACCAUGAACUUGCUCAAGAUCAGUUGCACUUAUUAAGGAUUAAUAGGACAAUGGAUUUUCUUGAUGAAUCCUUUAUACAUAAGAUUCCUAUCGAUGUUUAUAACCAUCCGGACUUCCAAAAGACAUUUUUUGAUAUUAUAUGGAAUCUUCAAUGUUCUCCACAAGAUUUUGAAAGUUCCUAG